AUGAAAUUCAUUCCAGCAUUAAUAAUCUUUGUUUUUACAAUUUUUGCAUUAACAAAUUCUGAAACUACAUAUUCUGGUUUCAAAAUCACAUCGGCAGAUCCAAAAAAUCCAUGCAGUAUUUCAGUUCCACAAACUGAUGUUGGAACCAAGUGUAUUGAUGUUUGUGGUCAAGGUAAUAUAAAUAUUGCCGCAGUAUCUGGUGAAACUAAUAAAUACGAUAUAAAUGGGUACCAAGCAACAGAUCAAUGUAAAAAUUCAGCCGGUCAACAAACAUUAACUUGUGGUACUCCAGUUACAGUUGGAGUUUUUUCAAUUGAUUGUGCUCCAGAUGCAGGUGCCACAACUGCUGCUGUCACCACUGCUGCCACCACUGCUGCUGUCACCACUGCUGCCACCACUGCUGCUGUCACCACUGCUUCCACCACUGCUGCCUUUACAACCACUGGAACAAGUUCAACAAUUGUCAUUCCUUUCGCUUUAAUUCUUUCUUUAUUAUUAUCUGUUAUAACACUUUAA